AUGGAGCCGAGCAUAUGGAACAACGCAUCAGAUGACUACAAAUCCAAUGAACGACGUCAAUGCGCGUGGGAGAGAAUAUAUAACGCAACGCGCUCGAAAGGCUGCACUGUCGAGCUCAAGGGCUCGUGGAAAAACUAUCGUGAUUUGUGGCGAAAAAAGAGAUGUGCUAGCACAGGAUCUGCAGAAGGAAGAAAGUGGAUGUUUGACGAUAUACCUACUGUCUACAAUCUGGACAUAUCUGGAGACUCUAUAGAUGCUGAUUCCGACGGAGGAAUUGAGAGGCCACAGACCGCCAAUUUGAAGUUGGGUGAACCACCAAGAAAGAUCCCUCGAUCGGAGGAAAAUGCGAACCUGUCAUUUAUAGCCUUACCUCCAUUGAGCUAA